UCUCCCUGCAGUUAUGCAUAGUUUUGGUUGGUAAGUUCACACCUGACUUAACUGCACUCACCAUCCGCUCAUUAGUUGAGUCAGGUGUGAUAGUUUAGCGCUGACACAGGACAAACUUCAGGACUGAUGUUGAAAAUCUGCGUGGACACAACAGGAGCUGGAUGCAAUUCAAACUCGUGUGAUGGAAAUGGAGGAAGACACAGUGCAAUCUGAGGAAGAGAGACCGUUCCCCUACAGCCCUCAGGCAGACUAUUUCUUCAGUAUGACCCAUGAAGAAAGAAUCGAUGCUGACCGAAGAUCUAUCUAUGUGGGGAACGUGGAUUAUGGAGCGACUGCAGAUGAACUGGAGAUGUACUUCAAUGGCUGCGGACUUAUCAACAGAGUUACAAUACCGUAUAACAAAUUCACCGGCCAUCCUAAAGGUUUUGCCUACAUUGAGUUCUCAGAUAGGGAUUCUGCACGGACCGCCAUGUCUUUCGAUGAAACACUAUUCAGAGGACGCAUCAUUAAGGUCUUGCCAAAAAGAACAAACGUUCCAGGUUUCAGGACUACAGACAGGUACUUGCGAGGAGGCUGGACCAGAGGACGUGGUUUCCGGCCCUCGAGAUUUUACAGCCCCUUCAGAGGCUGCAACUUCAUUAGGGAAGACGGAAGAGCUGAUCCUUGGAUUGAUUCUUUUUGAUAUUAAAAAUACAAUAGUUUAUUUUCCUCCAUUAUCUCCGAAGCACUUCUUUGUGCUAACUAUUGGUUUUUUGGUAGUUCUCAGAUAUGUUGUCCACCUUAAGUAUGAUACUACAAGACAAGGAUGAGACUUAUAUUCUUUCUGUACAGUUUAUUUCUUUACAAUAUUGUGCCUGUGGGAGGCUAUGAGAUGUCUUGACAAUUUCAGUACUUUUGUUUUUCAAUGCUUAGAAUGUAAAUAAAAUCUAUAUUAGCAAGUCA